AUGGAAGCAAUCUACGACCGGCUGGCGAAACGGGCUCUAGACCUGUACGAACACAAACAGCGUCGGGUGAUCAUCACGCUCGUAGGAAUCCCCGGCUCGGGCAAAACCACCUCAGCCCAAAAAAUCGCCGACAAAAUCAACACCAUCACACACAAGCCCGAUCUCAGUAUAGUCGUACCCAUGGACGGGUUUCAUUACACUCGAAAGGAGCUGGAUGCAAUGGAUGAUCCUGCCGAGGCUCACCGAAGACGGGGAGCGCCAUUCACGUUCAACGCCCAGGCCUUGGUAGAUCUUAUUGCCGAUUUGCAUACUGAGAAGCCCGGCGUUGAGGUGCCGUCUUUCGACCAUGCGAAAAAGGACCCAGGUCCCGGCUUCGUGGUCCAUUCGGAAAACAAGAUUCUCAUUGUCGAGGGGCUCUAUCUUCAACUCAACUACGAGCCCUGGAGCAAGAUCAACCAGUUCGUUGACGAGCGGUGGAGAAUCGACAUUGAUUUCGACAAGGCGAGGCAAAGAGUGGGAAAGAGACACGUGGGAGCCGGUCUAGCAGACAAUCUCGACCAGGGACUGGAAAGAUUCGAUAUGAAUGACGGACCCAACGGAAAGCACCUCUUGGAGAAGAGUGUGAAGCCAGAGGUGGUUGUGGACAGUAUUGAUGAGAGCUCUGCUUGGGCUGAUUGUGGUGGAGAGUGUUAA